CAACUUCAAAAGUCAAUGUGGAAAAUACAUAGUUGAAAAUGAAAAUAGAAGCCAAAUGUUUUUAAAGUUGAUACUAAAGUAAAAUCAAAAAAAUUUGUAACAAAUUAAACAAUGGAAGUAAUGUGCAAUAAUUUCAUGCCCGGAGAUAGCAGGUUAGUUGAGCAGUUGGUGUCAGAACUCAAAUCCCAGGGUAUAUUCGAUCAAUUCCGCAAAGAAUGCAUCUCAGAUGUAGAUACUAAGCCAGCUUACCAGAACCUGAGACAAAGGGUUGAAGGAAGUGUCUCUACAUUUUUGAAAGGGCAGACUUGGAGUGUUGAACUUAACAAGAAUCAACUUCGGGAACAACUACGAAAAAACCUCCAAGAAUCAGGAUUUUUAGAAACUGGAGUAGAGAGAAUAGUGGAUCAAGUAGUAAAUCCCAAAAUAAACUCAGUCUUUUUGCCAAAAGUAGAAGAAGUAGUUUAUAAGUUCUUAGGUUUAGAAAACCCAAACAAAAAUAUGAAGAGGGAACCUGAGGUCCCUGCACCAGACCCACUACCAACAGAUCUUGAAGCUGUUUCUCCUGGGUCAGUGCAAAGUGACCAAGUAGAUUUGAAGAAAGCAGAUAGUGAUGUUUUUAUGAAUGCAGUAGAAGCAGGUGGUAAAAUGGAAGAUGAUGAUCCUCCCCCUUUCGAACCACACCCUGUUGAUAGUAAAGAGAAUGGUUCUGAGAAGAUGAAUAUUGAUGAAAAUACUAGAGAUUCCCAUUUGUCAGGGUUUUCAGGUCUUGAAAGUCAUGAAUCCAACCUAGGCAGUGAUAAUCGAGUAUUUCACAUGGAGAUAUCCAAUCAAGACUCCCAAAUUUCUCAUAACAGCUCAGAGAGCCAUCUUUCCAUCAUAACGUCAGAAGAAACCAGUAAAAUGGAUAUUUCUGAAGACUCAAAUACAAUUUUAAAACCAGAAAAAGCUGAAGUCUUGGUCGAAGACGAAGAAAAUGUGUCUCCGGAGUAUGAACCGAUCGAUAAAGAAACCAUUAAAUUAGAAAAAAUAGACAAUAAAAUUGAUAUUGUGAGUCAAGACGAUAAGAACCAGGAUGACGAAAAAACCGAGAAGAAACCGGAGAAAACUGAAGAGAGAAGAUCCAAAACUAAUGAAAAAUCAUCUAAAGAUAAAAAAGAUGAUAGAAAAGAGGAUAAGAAAGAUGACAAAAAGGAUAAUAAAAAAGAUGAUAAACACAGGAAAAGCAGUAGUAGUUCGAGUAGAGAAAAAGACAAAUCGUCUUCCAAGUCACAUUCGUCUUCAAAGGAUAAAGAUAGAAAAGACUCAAGAAGCAGUAGUUCACAUAAGGAUAAAGAUAAAAAUAAAGACAAAGCGGAUAAAGAGAAGAUCGAUAAAGAUAAGGACAAAUCUUCUAAAUAUAGAGAGAAAUCUGAGAAGGAUAAAAGUAAACCUGACAAAGAAAGGUCAGAUAAAGAUAAAAGUAGAUCCGACAAAAGUAAAAUAGAAAAAGAAAAUGCAAACAAAGCUGAAAAGGAGAAAUCCGGCAAGGAAAAAUCUGACAGGAGCAAGGAUGAAAAAUCUAAAAGCAAAACGGACAAGUACAAGUCUGAAAAAGAUAGACACAAAUCAGACAAAGACAAAUCAUCGAGCAAAGAUAAAGAUAGAUCUGAUAAAGAUAAGAGUUCAAAAGACAAAGAUAAAUAUAAGGAUAAGUCGUAUAAAAGUAAAGAAAAAUCUGAUAAAGAAAAAGAAAAAAGUUCAACGAAGGAAAAGUCCUCAAGUGACAGGUCUAGUUCUAAGAAAGAUGCCAAAGAAAAGAAAGAUGACAACAAGGAAUCCAGUAAAGAAAGUAAAGACAAAACUAAAGAAGAAAAUAAGGAAAAAGAUAAGAGUAGAAGUUCCAGCAGUAGUUCUAAACACACUUCUAGCAAGGACAAGAAACCUUCUACGCCUAAAAAAGAGUCUAGCUCCAGCUCGCACAAGAAAUCCAGCCCUAGUGACCCCAAAUCCAAAAGCUCAUCCGAAAAAGGAAAAAAAGAUGAAGGAACUAAUAGCAACAAAAAAGACAAACAGGAGUCCAAAGCUAAAUCAAAAGAUGAUCACUACAGUUUUAAAAUCAAGAAAUCUGACAGACGUUCAACAGAUAGGGACUCAAAUGAUGGAACAUCAAGCAAAAAUGUCUUCAACUCAUAUUCUGAAAGUACUACCUCCAGAUCUGGUAACAAUUCCCAAGAUUACUCUAGCUCUAGCUUCACUAGUGGUUCGGGAGAUUCUGGCAAUUCUGAUAAAACAGAAACCGUGCAAAAGGAAUCGAAUGGACCUGUCGAGGCACCAGCACCUGCGAAAAUAUUGCUUGAAAUGCCAAGAGUGAAAUACAUAAAACCGAAGUUUGCUAUGAACUUUGAAGAGGCUCGGAAGAUAAUGAAAAUUAGGAAGCAACUUGCUAUGUUGGAGAGACAAAAUCAACUGAGUUUGGCCAGAUUAAUACCAGUUCAAAAUAGUAUCGUAAACGGAGAAACCAAUAAGGAUGACAAUACCAGCCAAACUGCAGCUUCCGUUAAUAAGGAACAAACAAAGACUGUUGAUAUUAGCGAAGAGAAAGAAAACAUUAAUACUUCCAGAGCUGUCGAUGACACAAUUAUACAAGCACCAGUUGAUAACAAGUCUGUUAACAAAGUAGAAACUGUAUGCGUUGAUGCAAGUAUUAACUUGAUAACUGAAAUAGAAAGUAGAGACAUAAGCAAGGAAAACUGGGAGGCUCUGGAAGCCAAACUGGCACAAGUUAUGUCUGAAGUCGAUUACAACUGUUAUGACUCAGAUGAAGACUUCGAAUUUCACGGAUACAGUUCUAUAGACAUAAUCCCAAAGAAUUUCUUCGAUGUGAACCGAGAUUUAGUAAAGAAAACGGAGGAGGAGAUUUCUAAGAACCAAAAGGCCAGUAAAUUAUUGGAGGCAUCUGUACAACAAAGUAAAUUGCACAAUCUUAAGAUAAACAGUGAAGAAGAACAGGUGCCUAAUAUAGUCAACAGCAGCAGAAAUUCUAACAAGAAUGUUCAAGAUUCUUCACCAAAGAAAACGGAGGAGGAGAUUUCUAAGGACCAAAAUGCCAGUAAUUUAUUGGAGGCGUCUGUACAACAAAAAAGUCAAUUGCACAAUCUUGACAAAAUAAACAGUGAAGAAGAACAUGUGCAUAAUAUAGUCAACAGCAGCCCAAAUUCUAACAAGAAUGUUCAAAAUUCUCCACCCAAGAAAACGGAGGAGGAGAUUUGUAAGCACCAACAUGCCAGUAAUUUAUUGGAGGUGUCUGUACAACAAAGUGAACGGCAUAAUCUUAACAAAAUAAACAGUGAAGAAGAACAGGUACCUAAUAUAGUCAGCAGCAGCACAAAUUCUAACAAGAAUGUUCAAGAUUCUCCACCCAAGAAAACGGAGGAGGAGAUUUCUAAGGACCAAAAUGCCAGUAAUUUAUUGGAGGCGUCUGUACAGCAAACUGAAUUGAACAAUAUUGACAAAAUAAACAGUGAAAAAGAACAGGUGCCUAAUAUAGUCAACAGCAACACAAAUUCUAACAAGAACGUUCAAGAUUCUCCACCCAGCAGCUCUGAAAAGACCUACACCCGAGAGAUUUUGAAUGCCAAUGUGAAAAACACGGAACUAUUAGCCGCAUUAAGUGAUGACAAAUGUUAUUUCUUGAAAGAACCUAGUUGUGAUGAAGAAAGUUACUUAAGUGGUCUAAAAAUGUUGAUCUCUCGGAUGGAGGUUGAUAUUGAACAGUGCACUGAAAAUUUAAGAAACAACGUGUGGCCGUCGAAGAGGGGAAGGAAGAGGAAGCUUGAGGUGCAUGUUGAUAUUAAGAAUAAUAAUAAGACGCCGUACAUGGAAACAGUGAAAAAAAGGAGAGGCUCAGCUAGUUCCCUAACAGUCACUCCAAUGGCUGGUAAAAAAAGAAUGUCCAAUAGUUCAGAUAUUACUCCUACUGAACACUUUUCUCUUCCGCUGAGUCCAGCAGAAAGUGACAAAUCUAACGAAAGGAAAGACGAAGAUCUGGUAAUUCCUAUAAAACAAAAAAGGAUUAUGAGGGAAUAUACUCAGAGGUACAGUAGCGAAGAUCUGUAUAAACCUCGACCGGUAUUUGGAAGAAGAAGAAAACAAUCUUGACAUUAUAAAAACGUGUAUUGCUUGAAUAUUGUAGAUAUUUAAUAAUAGACUUACCACUAGUUGUAUAAAUAUAUUUUUUAUAUUUACAGUAUUUCUAACAUUUUUUGUAAGAAAAAAAAGUUUAUUUGUAAGAAAAAAAAAGUUUAUUUGUAAGAAAAAAAAAGUUUAUUUGUAAGAAAAAAAGUUUAUUUGUAAAAAUAAAGAAAAAAAUUAUUAUGUA